AGUCUGGGAGCUGGCAGGAGGGGAAUGAACCGUGAGGGCGUCCCCGGCAAGAGUCCGGAGGAGAUGUAUAUCCAGCAGAAAGUGAGAGUCCUGCUCAUGCUGAGGAAGAUGGGAUCAAAUCUGACUGCUAGUGAGGAGGAGUUCUUGCGCACGUAUGCAGGGGUAGUGAACAGCCAACUUAGCCAGCUUCCUCAACACUCAAUUGAGCAGGGUGCUGAGGAUGUUGUGAUGGCAUUUUCCAGAUCAGAGACAGAAGAUAGAAGACAGUAACUACAGGGUACCUGAACAACACAGAACUGGAGAGGACAGUGAGAUUCCUGAAGAUAAAGGAGGAUGGCUGAGCAUUAAUAAGUUCCUUGGCCCCCCCUAGUUUUUCCAUAGUAGUCCUUUUCCUUUUUAGUUUUACUUCCCUUUGCCCAUCCCUCAGAAUGCAUCUCUCAGCCAUCCGUUCCUAUACGUUGUUGCUACUCGUCUGGGCUGUGUUAAUUAAGGACAAACCUAAAGAUGUAUUUUCGAUUGGCUCAAAGGGACAGACUGUUAUUGGCUAAAGGAAGACAGUUUUUUAAACUUGACCAAUGGAAACCUUUUAUUUCUCAUUUUAUUUCGUAUUUUAAAAUAAGUCUCUUGACAUCCUACUUCUAAAGAAGCUUUUCAUGCUGUGGUGCUGAUUUAGGUCAAACUUGUGAAUUUGAAGAGAGCUUGAUUGGCUGCCUAGAACUGGAAGCAAGGGGUGCUUGGCUGGCGAUGCAAAUGCUUUCUCUUCAGUUGGCUUGCAGGUAUUCUGCUGACAUCAACAUUUUUCAUUGCAAAAAGCUGGUAUUUUGGUGCAUUGGUUAUUACUUUAUUGACUUGGGGGAAAAAGACAAACGUGCUUUGCAGUAUUUAUUACAUCUACACACACAUAUACAUGCUUGCUUUUUGGGUUUAUUUGUUUUAUUUUUGAUUGGCUUUGAAAUCAUGUUUUUAAUUUCCUGUUGGCCGCAGUGUUUCCAAUGCAGUCAGGUUUUCCAUGCUCAUCUGCUCUGUGGCCUCAAGCUCUUUUGGGAGCAUGUGUCUAAAGCAUAUUUACUUCAAUAAGUCUACCUGUUUCAGGUGGACCAUGGAGAUCAGCAGCUGUUCUGUGCUUCUCUGUGGGCUGUACCAUGUGCUCCUGGAAAAUCUGGUCAUUUAGGUGGCUUCUCUCUGCUUCUAACAGAGGAGCUGUGGAUAUUUUGCAGGAAUUGCAAGAAUGAGAUCUAUGAAUUUGCCAAAUUUGUAUAGAGAAUGUGUGAGCUGCUUCAAAUGCUACAUAUAGUUUGAUUUUAACCCUUUAAUUGCUGCACAAAACUUAGCUCUCAUGUAAGGGAGAAUUAAUAACCAUUAGCUUAAAUCCAAGUUUCACUGGGCUUUAAUGAACUAAGUUCCUAAUCACUUGAAAAAUUAUAUGUGGUUUGGCUCCCUGCAGCAGUUCAGUGAUAGAUAGAAUUUGUCUUGAUCCUGAGAUAAUACUGUUUUCUUUAGGCACUGCUCCAAGAGAGGCAGUAGCACUGCACUACGCUUUCCAGGCACAAGUUUCAGUGAUGCUUUCAGGCUUAUUCUGGUAGCAGUUGCAGCCUCUUAAAACACACAGUUAAGCAUUUACAAACUAAAGAACCUGUGGUGAAACUUCAGGAAGUGCACUGACUGUUUUUGUAUUUGCACCUGAAAUAUCAGAAGCCUGAAGUUUCUAGCACUGCUGCCAAAAGCCUGGCACUUCAUUUUCUUUCGUAUGUAGAGGUCAUUUUUACAAAGCUCCUAGAUUUUCCUGUGAGUUGCACUGAUUUUGAGGUGUUUCAAAGCCUAUUUGAGCAGAACUCCAUUCACCUGUUCCCGAUUCCUUUCGCACGGUUGUUAAUUUUGUGGAAAAAAUAAUUUGGAAUCUGACUGUGACAACAUGACCAUUUUCGUGGCAAGAAGUUAUGACGACAAGAUG